CGUACGUGCGGGAGCGCAACAAAUUGCCCUGAUACUUCCGCGGACACGGUUGGUCUACGUCUGAGUAGUCGAGCCUAUUCGAAACCACCUAUGCAAAUAAUGCACUGCUGCUCACUUUGGGGCGUAGGCCUACACGAGUCACGACUGGAUAAAUAGCCGGGAUUUUUAAUCGCCUUCCAAAUGGAGCAAAUUCGACAUGGAAAGACGAGUCGAUAUGGAGCUCGCCCAUCACAGACUGGCGCAGUGUCGAAGUGAAAUUAAUUGUAAAGUGUGCAUCUCCUUCACUGCAUCUGUGGUCAUUUCUACAUUUGCAUGCACCUUGGUGGUCUUUCACCUAUUGGGUGUACAGUCAACGGUAUCUCCUGUAAAAGAAGCAACAGUUUGCAGCGAUGUCGAUGGAGUCCUUAGUUGGCAGAACAGCUCCAAAGAGGACCUCAACAUGGAGUACAAUGACAGCGAACGGAGCCUGGUCAUUCCCAAAAAGGGCUUUUACAUCAUCUACCUGCAGAUAUCCUACCGUUUCACAGAAAACUUCAUCUGCAAGGGAGACAACGUGGUCCUGAUUCACGAAGUGAUCAAGCGGAGUCUGCUGAGAUACAGUUACACAAAACCUAAGAACGUUAUCAGUUCCUUAGAGACUGUGUCGUGCACAGAAAAGUACUGGGGGAGAACCACACACAGCAUGGCCAGGAUAUUUUUCCGCAAGGAAGACAGACUCCAGGUGAAACUGAGCUCUAACUGGUCGCUGGUCGAUAUUUACGGUCCACAUGGGACAAAAACAUUCUGGGGAGUGUACCUCGACAGGGACCUCAAAUAGGUGUCAUUUUGCACAGUGCAGGCUGUAUUGAGUCGAAAUGUUCAUUUUGCAAAUUUACAUCAAUAAAAAUGCUGAUGUACUGUAUGGAAACCAUAGAUGAAGACGCUGUACUGUGGUGCCUGAAUGUAUGCUGUGGGUUUGGUGCUCGUGGAUCGGGUAGUCUUUCUGUAUUAGUGAUACCGUUAACUGUAAACAGAAACUAUCUAGACCAGUGGUCGCCAACCCGUCGAUCGCGAUCGACCUGUAGAUCUUUAGGACUUGCCCAGUAGAUCCAGAGAAUAACAGGAAAAAUAAAAGCACAGUCACCAAAUUCCUGCAUGGUCGCCAACGUUUACAGGGCCAAAAAAUCAGCGCAGGAUUAUUGGUAUAGCGCAUGAUUUAUUCAAAACCCGCAACUCAAAUUAUGUAUGGCGUUGAUAGGCUAUUUUUGACCUGAUACCUUUGCCUAAAUAAAAGACCUUAAAUUGGAAGUAUUUUAGCUUUGAUUCUCUUUUGACGCUUCAUGGUAGAUCUUGACUUUGUUCAGGGCGAGGUCAGGGAUCUUGGGCUCAAAAAGGUUGGUGACCACUGAUCUAGACUAACUGACUAGAGACCUAACUAGAGAAGGAACAAAGACACUUUCUCUCCAAAGUGACCAGAAGUUCUUCCUUCUUUUUUACCAAAUGAUAUUGAUAUCAUGUAUGUGUGCGAGUGUGUGUGCUUUAUCUGAUCUCAGCGUUGCUGUGGGUGUCACGUCGUCACAAUAUCAAUUCCUGUGAUGGGUGACAUUUGCUUGGGAACAUGUGCCUUUUUCUUCAGAUCUGUAUCUGCCUUUGUAUUUCACACACUUUCACUAUCAUCAGCAGAAUAUGUUAUAUAUGUAUAUAUGUAAAGUAAAUAUUUUCAGUACUGUA